CUCUUCUGGCCUCUGCCACUAGCGCCAGCAGUAGACGUCUCUCUUCUCCUCGUAGGAGGCAGGAGCCUCGCUCUUUCUUCACCUUUGUUGCUCGAUUUAUCUGUUAAUUUAAUUAAAUAAUUUAUUUGAAGAGAUGGAGAGAGAAAACCUAGUUGCAGCUUCAUCAUCUUCCUCGACUCUUAAUCCCCCACCGGAAGAUGCUUGGAUUCAUGCUUAUGAGCGAUUAUUUGCGAAAUGGAAGUCCUUCGCUGAUUCUUCCCAGGUGCCAUCGCCACCUAUCCCAGUUUCCAUAUCUAGAGUUAAUCAGGUUGAUGCGGCGAGAUUGGAUGUUGAAAUGUCUGCGAUGUUGAAAGAGCAAUUAGUUAAGGUCUUCUCUUUGAUGAAGCCAGGAUUCUUAUUUCAAUAUGAGCCAGAACUUGAUGCUUUUCUUGAGUUUCUCAUCUGGAGAUUUUCGAUAUGGGUAGAUAAGCCUACUCCAGGAAAUGCUCUUAUGAAUUUGAGGUACAGAGAUGAGCGUGCAAUAGCCGUCAGAGGAAAAGAAGUAAGAACAGGGUUGGAAGGGCCUGGGCUUACUGUUUCUCAGAAGAUAUGGUAUUGCCUUUCCACUGUUGGUGGUCAGUAUAUAUGGGCUCGUUUACAGUCCUUUUCUGCUUUCCGUAGGUGGGGUGAUUCUGAGCAGACAUCGUUGGCACGUCUUGCGUGGACUUCGAUACGACAUGUAGAGGGUGUGUACAGAGCUGCCUCCUUUUUCAACCUGCUCAUAUUUCUUUACACAGGAAGGUACAGAAAUAUUAUUGAGAGAGCUCUCAAAGCAAGGCUUGUUUAUGGGAGUCCCAACAUGAACCGAGCUGUUAGCUUUGAGUACAUGAAUCGCCAAUUGGUGUGGAAUGAGUUCUCGGAGAUGUUGCUGUUGCUUCUUCCACUACUCAACUCAUCAUCCAUAAAAAGAUUACUUUUGCCAUUCUCUAAGGACAAAUCUUCUGGUUCUUCUGGUGACGAGGCUGCAUGUCCCAUCUGCCAGGGAAAUCCAACUAUUCCAUUUCUUGCUGUUCCUUGCCAGCACAGGUAUUGUUACUAUUGCCUUCGCACCCGAUGUGCUGCCACUACCUCAUUCCGGUGUUCCAGAUGCAAUGAACCAGUUAUUGCCAUGCAACGGCAAGGUGGCUUGAUCAGUAGUCUAACUUCCAAAAUUGAUUAAUUCAAAGGAAAUAAUCAACCAAAACGAACAAUACAAAUGCAAUGAUGUAUGAUGUAUCAGAAAACAAUUAGAUAAAAGAACCUUGAUUCCUUUAUAUUUUUA